AUGAGCGGGAAUCGCUUUAUAAUUCUGUUUGAUGUUGCUUCUAAGUCAAAAGCCACCGGCAAUCACACCCAUAUGGGCAAGAGCAACCACGGCCAGGACAAUUCUGAAUACACGAGAAGUCUCCAGACGCAUGGCCCUGACCAGCUUCCAUAUCCUUUCGAGGACGAGAUUGGCGAUGACAAGUCGAGUCGGUACCGCUUCUACGACAUGAAGAAUGAGUAUCCUUGCCCUGUAUGCCACAUGUACAGGGCCCGCGCCGGUCGCCGGCCGGAUUUCUGCGAUGUCUGCCGUAACGUCCCGGACUGCGAAUUUUGCCGUCAUGACUAUCCCAAGACGGGCAAGGAGAGAUUUGACGGUUUCUCGUUGGGCAAUGGCCUCCGUGUCGUCGAGUAUAUUCGGUCUAAUGGCCCUGGCAAAAAGAAGCCCAAGAGCAAGGGCACGAAGCGAACGAAGGGAAAGAGCAAAACUUCUCCUCUCCACAAGGAAAAGGAGGCAUGCGUCCCGAGCGUGUCUCGGACCAUCACGCUCACCUACGACGAGCUGGAUGACUUGAAGGAUAUCUUCCAGAACCCUACAGGAUCCACCCUCUCUAUCCCCAUUAUGCAGACACCGGAGACAGGCAACUCCAAGAGGACAGAAGAACCGGGGAAUAGCGUUGUUGACUGGGAGAAUUUCGCCAUGGAGGUUUGCGAAGAGAUGACAUCCCUUACUAAGCACAUGGAGAAAACAGACAAGAGGUGCAUUGAGGCUCAUGACAAGAUGGACGAGCUGAUGAAGAGCAUCCAGCCGUCGGACAAGGAAUGCGCUGAGGCCUUCCGGGAACUGUCCGCCAGUCUCUCGUCCCGAGAGCAGCUGCUCUAUGAGGCCGCUCGUGUCGCUAAAGAUUGGUCGAGGGCAAUGGAAGGUCUGGAACAAGCGAGCAUGAUGCAACAGACUAUGCCGAUGGCGACGUCUACGCCUACAGGCCAGGGUCUGAACUCUUCCUCCGAGGACAACACUGCCACUACUCCAAUGGCACCAACCGCGCCGAUUACUGUUCAGCGUCAUUGUUCCCCUCACCGAAUUGGCUUGGGACAAUAUAAAUGGCCGCUUGCCUAA